CACCGUCCUCCUGGAGCUGUGGGGUCAGAGGUCAGGGUUGAGGAGAUCAGGAGGUGUGACCAGGCGGCUGCCCGGAGACUGGCCUCAGAGCCACACAGCUCUUCCUCUGAGGAUGAGGAUGAGGAUGAUGUUAGUGAGGAAGCAGGGAAGCAGGGGCAGAUUCCGCGGUCAGCUCUGUUUCCGUACAGCACUGACUCAGGUGACACUGACAUCCGUCUGCUGGAGAAGACACGUCAUUAUUUACAUGAAGUGUGUCAGUCUGGAGGAGUCACGUGUCUGAUCUGCAUCGCGUCUGUCAGGAGAACACAGGCCGUGUGGAUCUGUGUGGCCUGUUAUUGUAUUUUCGACAUCACCUGCAUUCAGAAAUGGGCCAAAGACUCCAUCUUCCUGGUGUCCUCUGUGACCGAUGAGGAUUUCGGCAAAAAAGAUCACCCGUGGCCGUGUCCCAAGUGCAGGUAUGAGUACAGUCCUCACCAGACUCCCACCAGAUACUACUGUUACUGCGGGAAGGAGGCAGAGCCUGUGCCAGACCCCUGGCUCCUCCCACAUUCCUGUGGCCAGGUGUGUGAGCGCGAGUUCAGACCGUCAUGUGGACAUCGCUGCCUGCUGCUGUGUCAUCCAGGUCCAUGCCCCCCCUGUCCUAAGAUGGUGAGUGUUUCCUGUCUGUGUGAGAAGUCGUCUCGUGUUCCACACCGCUGCAGCGCUAAAGCAUUGAGCUGCGCACAGAUCUGCAGACGGAUGCUUCCGUGCCGAAUACACGCCUGUGCAAACAGCUGUCACGCAGGUGACUGUGCUCCGUGUCCGAGGGUCAGUCUGCAGACGUGUGCGUGCGGCCAGCAGCGAGCGGAGCGACCGUGUGCCAGUCCAGAGUGGCACUGUGACCAGGUGUGUGGUCGUCCACUGUCCUGUAAGAAUCACACAUGUGAGCGUGUGUGUCAUGCAGGUGUGUGUGGAGAAUGUCCUUGUGCUGGAAAUCGCUCCUGUUCUUGUGGCAAGACAAGUACGUUCACACACAAAGACACACAAACACACGUGUGUGUGGAGAAUGUCCUUGUGCUGGAAAUCGCUCCUGUUCUUGUGGCAAGACAAAAACUGGACUGUGGUUUACACACCUGCUCAAUGCGUUGCCACAGAGGAGCCUGUGAGACCUGCCGACAGGAGGUAGAAAAGACGUGUCGAUGUGGCCGCUACAGCAAACUCCUGCCCUGUCAUAAGGAAUAUCUCUGUGAGUCCAAGUGCAACAAGACACGGGCCUGCAGCCGACACCAGUGCAAGAGAAAGUGUUGCCCGGGGUACUGCCCUCGGUGUGACAUGAGCUGCGGUCGAAUGUUGGGCUGCAGGAACCACAAAUGCCCGUCUGUCUGCCACCAAGGCAGCUGUUAUCCAUGUCCGGAGAUGGUGGAGGUGUGGUGUGAUUGUGGAUGGACUGUGAUCUCUGUUCUCUGCGGGAGAGAGAGGAGCACCAGGCCGCCGCGCUGUAAGCAGCUCUGCAGGAAGCCGCCAUCGUGCCAUCACCGUUCUCAGGAGCAGCACCGGUGUCACUCCGGCCCGUGUCCGCUCUGUAAGCAGCCCUGCCAGCGGCCGUUACCCGGCUGUGCCCACCUCUGUCCGGCUCCGUGUCACGACCAGGUGCUGGUUAAAGCCACUGACCGGGCCAUGCUGGCUGGUCCAUGGGAGCAACCCACAACUCCUGCGUUUGUGAGAACAGCUCUACCGUGUCCCUCCUGCAUGGAGCCCAUCCCAACGGAUUUUCUGCACAUAUGGGAAACACACUCCGGUCAGUUGUGGCCAAAAGUGUGA